CCUCUUUGUCGUGCUCUGGCUCAUGCACUUCAUGUCCAUCAUCUACACGCGCCUCCACCUAAAUAAGAAAGCCACAGAUAAACAGCCAUAUAGCAAGCUUCCUGGUGUUUCACUUUUAAAGCCGUUGAAAGGUGUGGAUCCUAAUCUGAUCAACAACUUAGAAACCUUCUUUGAACUGGAUUAUCCCAAAUAUGAAGUACUACUCUGUGUACAAGAUCACGAUGAUCCAGCUAUUGAUGUCUGCAAAAAGCUCCUUGGAAAAUACCCAAAUGUUGAUGCUAGACUGUUUAUAGGUAAGCAGUGCUUCUCCAAAGUGGGACUUCAAAUUACAAAAAAAUUUUUAGGCAAUCAGCUCUUAAAUAGUGUUCUGAAAGACAUAGUUGUCUUGUUCUUCCAGUGUGCAUUCUGUGACUUAAUCUUGUAUUUGAGCAGAGUAAGCUUAAAAGCCUUAUCUUGUUUUUUGCAGGUUUAUUUUGGAACUUCACAUCCAAGGUCAUAUAUUUCAGCAAAUUUAACUGGCUUUAAGUGUGUAACAGGAAUGUCGUGCUUGAUGAGGAAGGAUGUCUUGGACCAAGCCGGGGGAUUGAUAGCUUUUGCACAGUAUAUUGCUGAAGAUUAUUUUAUGGCCAAAGCAAUAGCUGACCGAGGGUGGAAAUUUGCAAUGGCCACACAAGUUGCAAUGCAAAACUCUGGUUCAUAUUCUAUUUCUCAGUUUCAAUCCAGAAUGAUCAGAUGGGCCAAACUGCGAAUUAAUAUGUUACCUGCCACAAUAAUAUGUGAGCCAAUUUCAGAGUGCUUUGUUGCCAGUCUGGUUAUUGGUUGGGCAGCUCAUCAUGUGUUCAGAUGGGAUAUAAUGGUGUUUUUUAUGUGUCACUGCUUGGCGUGGUUUAUAUUUGACUACAUUCAACUAAGAGGUGUUCAGGGUGGUGCUUUAUGUUUUUCUAAACUUGAUUAUGCAGUCGCUUGGUUCAUCAGAGAAUCCAUGACAAUUUAUAUUUUCCUGUCUGCUCUGUGGGACCCUACUAUUAGCUGGAGGACAGGACGCUACAGAUUACGUUGCGGAGGCACUGCAGAAGAAAUCCUUGAUGUAUAGCCACAGCUUUGCAACUGUGACUGUCAAAAAGAGAAAGGGGGAUCGAAAGUAUUAUAAAUUGUUUAUAAAAAAUACUUCUAAGAAAAUCUACCUUCAAUAGUUUUAUUACUUGUAUGUUUUGGUAUCUGUUCUUUAAUUUAUUUUUUGCAUGGCACUUGCAUAUCUGUGUAAAUACAUCCAUAGUCUUGGCCAAAUGGUAUUUUGCUCCUAUGUACAAAUAGAAAUGGAGAGAAUUGGUUCUGAUACAUAUCUGCUAUAUGAAUACUCUGCAGUAAACUCUUUUUUUAAAAAAAAAAAAAAAAAAGAAA